GACUUGAGUGCCUGCCUCUCAAAAAUUUCUAGAACCCACGUCACUUUGGAAGUUGGCUUCCUUUUCUUCUCUUUUCUCUUCUUUUCCUUCCCAAUAUUGAUGCUAAUAUUUAUACAAGAGUCCUUUGCAAGAAUCCAUAACAACACCCUCUAUUAACCUUUCUCUCUCCUCUCUUUCCUCUCUCUUGGAACAAACGACAAGUUAUGGUAGUAUUUGUCAUUCAUUUCACAAAACUGGUUCACCUUUGGACCCAUGGCUUCUAAAAACUCCACGUUGUUCCAGUCUCGCUUCUUCCUCUUCGGCUUCUAUUGCUGGGACUGGGAGUUUCUCACCGCUCUUCUCCUCUUUAGUUCUUCUUCCUAAUCAAAUAACCUUCUCCACCAUACAUAAACCUUUUUUUUUUUGUCUUUUGUACUUAAAUUUCUCAUUACUACAUCAACAAAAGAGGCAUAGAUUUUUUCUUCUUUUAUUAAAAUAAUAGUUUGUGAGGUAGGUGGAGGGUAGAUCGGGAAGAAAAAUGUCGCAGCAGCAGCGUUCGAUGCCGGCGCCGUUUUUGACGAAAUCGUAUCUGUUGGUGGAUGAUCCCGCCACCGACGACGUCGUUUCGUGGAGCGAAGGUGGCAACACCUUUGUCGUUUGGAAACACGCCGAUUUCGCUAAUGAUUUGCUCCCCAAGUACUUCAAGCACAACAACUUCUCCAGCUUCGUUCGCCAACUCAACACCUAUGGAUUCCGAAAAACUGUUCCCGACAAAUGGGAAUUCGCCAACGAGUAUUUCAAGCGAGGACAAAAGGAUCUUCUCGCCGAGAUCAAGCGGCGGAAGACGGUGUCUUCGGUGUCCGGAAAAUCCGGCAGUGGCGGUAACAUUUCGGCGUCCCACUCCGGCGGCGAUGACAUGGGGUCGACAUCGACGGGGUCGAUGGAGGCGGCGACGGCGACAGUAACAACGACUCAGUGCGCGGAUUUAUCGGGCGAGAACGAGAAAUUGAAGAAGGACAACGAGAAAUUGAGCGACGAGUUAGCCCGCACGAAGAAACAUUGCGACGAUUUGGUGGCGUUUCUUAGAGACUCGCUGAACGUGGGCCCCGAUGUGAUAGAUUGCAUCAUUCGGCAAGGAACGUGUGGGUCCAGCAACGAUGAUGCGGUGCGUUUUGAUGCUACUGAAAAUCUUAAUAAUCAUAAUCAUGAUGACGACGAAAAUGCGGUAGGUGAGUGUGAACCAGAACAACCCAAAGGUGACAAUGGAGAAAGUUUGAAACUGUUUGGGGUUUGGUUGAAGGGUCAAAAUGGGAAAGAGAAUUCAAUUGGUAGCUGCCGCAAGAGAGGGCGCCAAGACCCUAUUGCUGCCACUGCCAAGGAAUUGAAGACCCUUGUCUAGGACAUAUCCUAAGGUUGUUAAUUAAUUACCUUAUAAUAUUUCAAGAAACAACUAUUAUAGUCAGAUCUAGAACACAAAAAAGAACUCUCUCUUGGUCAUCAUGGAACAUGUAUGGUCGAUAGUAGUUGUUGUUAAUUCAUGGCAUUUUGUAGUUUGGUUUGGUGAUGGUGCAAGGGACUUCGUAAAUUAUACUAAUAAUGAUGAUGAUUAAGAUUAUGUGUAUAAGCAUUAAUUUGUAUGAUUGGAUUUAAAUGGGUCGUGUUUGUUUUCAA